GGCAGCCAGUGAAGCAUGGCCGCCUCACCCUCUUCUGUUUCUGUUACAGCCCUGGGUGUCCUGCUGACUUUGUCCAUAUCAGGGAUAAAGAACUCUGGAGCUCAGUGUCCCGUGUGUCCUCAAAAUGCCAGAUGCCACAACAGUACUCACUGCGCUUGCGCCGAGGGGUUCCAGCCCAGGUUUGUGAAGUUCUAUGAGAGAUGUGAAGAUAUUGACGAGUGUCAGACGGGGGCGGCAAGGUGCAAGCCGGUGGCUUUCUGCAGAAAUAGGAUAGGACGUUACAUCUGCAGCUGUGUGGUCAACGCCUCCUUCUGGGUGAACCUGCUGGCUAGCUUCAUCACUGUGGACCAUCCGGAUUGUUACACUGCAGUCACGCUGUGGCCCUGGGAAAUGGUGUGGCCCUGGGCAACGGUUUCCUAUGAAGACCCAACAGAAGCAGGAGUUUCUCCCGAGCCCACACACUCCAUUGCUGGAACAGAUAUUUUUGCCCCCUCAGAGGACAGGAAUCAGAAGAUGGAGUCGCCAGGGGAUGUCUGGAUAAAUCUGAGAAGAAACACGAGCAAACAGGAGUUUGCUCGGAAUGCCACGCAGACGCUCCAGCAAGUGGAGCUGGCCAUCUGGAAUGCAAGCCUCACUUUUCCACACAAGGGUGAAAAUCCCCUCUUUGGAAUAGUCUAUGAAUCCAAGAAGUGCCACGAGGCGAGCGAGCACAUUCUCCUAGAAGCCGGAAACAACACGAUGCUCAUCUCCUGCAGCGGAGCCUUCCAAACCACAGGAGGCCGCAAUGCGGUUGCCCUCAUCACUCACCAGUCUCUGGGGGAUGUUUUGAACGCGUCCUUCUUCAGUCCAAGGAGAGGGGUGCGGGGAGCGCAGCUCAACUCCCGCAUCGUGAGCGGCACCGUGGGCUUGAGCCACUCCCUUCAGCUGGAUGAGCCCGUGUCCCUGACUUUUCAACAUACUCGGACUGACGGUGGUGCAAACUGGAUGUACUUCUGUGUCUAUUGGGCGGCCUCGGCGGAGGGAGGGAGCUGGUCCACCGACGGCUGCUCACACGUCUACAGCAACGAGACCCACACCGUGUGCAGCUGCUCCCACCUGUCCAGCUUUGCUGUGCUCAUGGCUCUGACGCCCAAGGAGGACCCUGUGCUUACUGUGGUCACCUACGUGGGGCUGGGCGUCUCCCUGCUCUGCCUCUUCCUGGCGGCCCUCACCUUCCUGCUGUGCCCGGCUAUCCGCAGCACAGGCACCUCCAUCCACUUGCAGCUCACGCUCUGCCUGUUCCUGGCACACUUCCUCUUCCUCACGGGCAUCCAAAGAACUGAGUCCCAGGUGCUGUGUUCCAUCGUGGCGGCCGCCCUGCACUUCCUGUACCUGGCUGCCUUCGUCUGGAUGCUGCUCGAGGGGCUGCGGCUCUUCCUCACCGUCAGGAACCUCCAGGUGGCCAACUACACCAGCGCCAGCAGGUUCAAGAAGCGCUUCAUGUACCCGCUGGGCUACGGGGUCCCCGCUGUCAUCGUCAUUGUGUGUGCAAGUGUUGGAUACGAAAACUACGGGACCUACACUCACUGCUGGCUCAGUCCCGACAACGGGUUCAUCUGGAGCUUUCUGGGACCUGUGGCGGCCAUUAUCUUGAUAAAUUUGGUUUUCUACUUCCAAAUCCUGUGGAUUCUGAGGAGCAAACUUUCUUCCCUUAACAAAGAGGUGUCCACCAUCCAGGACACCAGGCUCAUGACGUUCAAAGCCAUCGCACAGCUGUUCGUGCUGGGGUGUUCCUGGGGCCUCGGUUACUUCAUGGUGGAGGAGAUGGGGGAGACGGUCGGCUCGGUGAUGGCCUACUUGUUCACCAUCGUCAAUGUCCUGCAGGGGCUUCUGCUGUUUGUCAUGCACUGUCUCUUGGACCGCCAGGUACGAACGGAAUACAGGAAGUGGCUCUGCGGCCUGCGGAGAGGAGCCGAAACCGACAGCAGCGAGAUGUCCCGUUCCACUGGCCACACCAGGACGGAGGAGCUGCGGAAAUCACAGUGCCUGAGUGGCCCAGCUACCUCCUCCUGGCCACCUCCGGGGACUGCCCAGCUGUGAACAGAGAACCGACGCCGUGUGCCGACAGCGCCUCCCUGUGGUCACACACGGGUUCGACGAAGCUGUGACUGGUCUG